AAAAAAGAUUGUACACUUUGUAUGAUUCUUAUUAAAUAUCUAGUGAGUAGUCUCAUUCCAUUCGUGGUAUAAUGCUAUUCACUGCAAUUUGCUUCUGUUCUUUAACCUUUCCUUUGUUCGUCUUCAGUAACUUUUCUUUUGUCACUAUCUAAAUUGUUUUAUAUCUCUCAUUUAAUGCUCUGUUCUCAGUGAUUUUCAGCUGUUGGUUCGUUUUUACUUGUGAGUUUUUUCAAAUCACAAAAACUCUUUAAAAUAAAUUAGGCGGGCGAUUUCAAGUUGUUCAUAUACUCAUGACGACAAGAACUUCGAAUCACAAACGUUCUAGAAGCGAUCCGGUCCCAAGAAAAUCUCUCAAGAAUAAAAAAUCAAGCGAGGCCCUUUACAACAUUCACAUGGAUGAACUUUUGCAGAGAGAGAUAGAACAGCUAAAAUCUCUUUUAAAGUCCAGAAAAUUACAUCCCGGGGGCAGGAGAGUCUCAAGUGAUGAGAUUGAUUUAUUGCUUCAAGAAGAUGAAGUCUUAGUUCGGCGUGAAAUGAAGACAGUCCUUGGACGCAAACUGUUCUUGGAAGAUUCUAAAAAUGAAGAUUCUUCUAUCCCCAAGGAGGCGAAGAAACUGGUGGAGGAAAUAGCGGGUUUGGAGCUGCAAGUGAUGUACUUAGAAACAUAUCUUCUUUUGUUAUACCGGAGAUUCUUCAACAACAAAAUUACAUCUAAGUUAGAAUCAGAAGAGAAAGAGAGAUCAGAGGAUCUUCUUGAGUGUACCAAACUCAUUGAUUCACCAAAAAAAGGAGUCUGCAGCCCGCAGAAACUUGUAGAAGACUCUGGAAUAUUCCGCAGUCACUCAUCGUUGUCUCAUUGUUCAGGCUAUUCCUUUAGAAUGUCUCCCCAUGCAAUGGACUCAUCAUAUCAUCGAUCUCUUCCUUUCUCAAUGCUUGAGCAAUCUGAUAUCGAUGAGUUGAUUGGGACAUAUGUUUCUGAAAACGUUCAUAAGUCACCAAAUAGUUUAUCUGAAGAGAUGGUCAAGUGCAUCUCAGAAUUAUGUCGUCAACUUGUGGAUCCAGGAUCACUCGACAAUGAUCUAGAAUCGAGCAGUCCUUUCCGCGGGAAAGAGCCUCUGAAGAUCAUUAGUCGACCUUACGACAAGUUAUUAAUGGUGAAAUCGAUUAGUAGAGACUCAGAGAAGUUAAAUGCAGUUGAACCUGCUUUGAAACAUUUCAGGUCGCUUGUUAAUAAGUUAGAAGGAGUGAAUCCAAGGAAGUUAAAUCAUGAAGAAAAGCUAGCUUUCUGGAUUAAUAUACACAACUCUCUGGUUAUGCAUUCGAUACUUGUCUAUGGGAACCCUAAAAACAGUAUGAAAAGAGUAUCUGGGUUGCUGAAGGCAGCUUACAACGUUGGAGGUCGAAGCUUGAACUUAGAUACCAUUCAGACUUCAAUCCUUGGUUGCCGUGUUUCUCGUCCAGGACUGGUAUUUAGGUUCUUGUUUGCUUCUAGAUCAAAGGGUAGAGCUGGAGAUUUAGGAAGAGAUUAUGCUAUAACUCACCGUGAGUCUCUACUUCAUUUCGCUCUUUGCUCGGGGAGCUUGUCAGAUCCAUCAGUAAGCAAAUCCCCUGACUCAACAUCGUUUCUUAUCUUACACGCUAUUCAUAUUGAAGGAUUAGGUUAUAAAGCAACACGAUUCUUUUAGGUUCGUAUAUAUACCCCCAAGAACGUGAUGAUGGAGCUAGAAUGUGGUAGAGAAGAGUAUGUAAGAUCAAACCUAGGAAUUUCCAAAGACAACAAGAUUCUAUUGCCGAAGCUUGUUGAAAUAUAUGCCAAGGAUACUGAACUCUGCAACGUCGGUGUUCUUGACAUGAUUGGGAAAUGUUUGCCUUGUGAAGCAAGAGAUAGAAUCCAGAAGUGUCGCAACAAGAAGCAUGGAAGAUUCUCUAUAGAUUGGAUUGCACAUGAUUUCAGAUUCGGGUUGCUUCUCUGAAAAGAAAACACGACUCAUGAUUCGGAUUAGUUAUUUUUUUUUUCCUUUGUUUUCCAUCUGAUGUGAGCAAUGAAUUGAAGAACUUACAAAGUAUCAAACUUUCUAGUUAUGAGAUAUGUUAAGUUUAUACCUUUAUUGUUAAGGAAC